AUGUUCACUGCCGGCGCUUUCUUCGGUGCUGGUGCAGCUGGGCCGCUAGGAGACCGCCUGGGGCGACGAGGAACCAUUGUCACGGGAGCCCUGUUCUUCCUUCUCGGCGGGGGUCUCCAGACUGGCGCUCGCGACAUCCACAUGAUGUGGGUUGGUCGCUUGAUCUCCGGCCUAGGUGUGGGUGCUCUCUGCAUGAUUGUUCCGUUGUACCAGGCGGAGCUUGCGCACCCUAGCAUUCGCGGCACGGUCACAGCUUUGCAACAGCUCAUGAUUGGUAUUGGAGCGUUCGUCGCAACAUGGGUUGGCUGGGGUUGCUAUACCCAGCUCACCACCACGAGCGCGCAGUGGCGUAUCCCGUUGGCGAUCCAGAAUAUUCCGGCUCUUAUACUUGCUGCAUUGACAUUCAUGUUCCCCGAGAGUCCAAGAUGGCUCGGCGACAAGGGAAGAGACGAGGAGAUGCUAAAGACGCUGGCCCGCCUCCACUCCAACAACAAUGUCAACGACGCCUUCGUCAGGGCCGAGUACGAACAGAUCAAAACUGCGGUUGAGAUUGAGCACCAGCAGGAGGCAAGAUCGUACAUGGACCUCUUUCGGUCGAGGAGUUCAUUCCGCCGUCUGUUUCUUUGCUGUGCUAUCCAGGCAUCCGUUCAGAUGACCGGAGUCUCAGCCAUUCAGUACUACUCUCCUCGCAUCUUUGAGCAGAUUGGCAUUGCGACGCAAGACACCUUGAAGUACCAAGGAAUCAGUAAUGGGCUUGCCAUUAUCGCCCAGACCCUUGCGAUGCUACUCAUCGACCGCACCGGUCGUCGCUGGCCCCUCAUUGGUGGUAACAUUUUCAACUCCAUCACCUUCAUCAUCGCCGCGGUCCUCCUCGCCUUGUUCCCUCCAGGGGAAUCCAACAACCUCAGCGCUCAAUGGGGAUUCAUCGUCGUCACCUGGCUCUACAACUUCAGUUUCUCUUCCACAUGCGGCCCGCUGUCCUGGAUCAUCGUCGCCGAGGUCUUUGACACGAGGACUCGUUCAAAGGGAGUCAGUAUCGCCACAAUGGUAUCAUUCGCCUUCAACACCAUGAUUGGCCAAGUCACGCCUGAGGGCAUGGAAUCUGUAGGAUACCAAUUCUACUUCCUCUUCAUUGUGUGUAACAUCACAAACGCCAUCUUUUUCUGGAUGUUCCUGCCGGAAACCGCUCGCCGGCCUCUUGAGGAGAUGAACGAGCUGUUCAGCAGCGAAAGCUGGUUCGUUGCCGGAAAUACCAGCAAGAGGUACAAUGGCCAGGAUCUCGAGAGCCGACUUCAGGAAAAGGAGCAUGAUGUGUCAGCGGACGUGCACACUGAGAAUGCGCACGCCGGGAUGAAGUAG